AUGAACCGUUCUCGGCCAAGAACAUACUAGUAUUCGCAAUUUUUUCAACGAAUGUCAUCGUAUGAUGAAUUUGCGAAAUUAGAUAAUAGUAAUAUCUAAGAUGUUUAAAAUACGCAGCAUUCUUAACAGAAUUAUCAGAGUCAAGAGAAUAGUUAGAACUUUAAUAAUAAUUUAAGCUAGUCCAUUAACUAUAAUACUUAGAACCUUCAGCCUGAAGUCUCUGCAUCUGGUAAAAUUAAUUCUUAAAGCUAAGAAAUUCAUAUAACUCCUUAGCUUUUGAAUCCUUCUAAUAAUAACGCUGCUUAAGGAAAUAAUUCUUCAGCCUCUAUAUUUACUACAUUUUCAGGACCUGGGCAAUCCGCACUAUACAGCAAGCUUGCUUUUGGAAGCAAUGGGGCAUUUCCUGAUAAAGGGGCUAGCUCUGAAAAUACUGAAAAGAAGAGGAAGAUCUAGGGGUAUUCAUAUCUUCGUAUAAGGCACGACUAAGUUUUGCCCAAACCAGAGGCAUACGAAUUGAGGGAUUAAGACAUCGAAUUUUUAAUAAAAUUGAAUAAAAAUUAUUCGCAAAAUCUUAAAAUAGAAAACCCUCAGAAGUAUGAAGAAAUGAUAGCAUAGCAAAAACAGCGAUAGGAGGAGGCUGGAGAUGGAAAUAGCAUCCUGGGUGUUGACGAGGCAAGUGGGAAAUCCCAAUAAAAUAAUAAUGAUGCUAGUAUUAUUUUAAUUUCAGAAGAAUAGCUAGAGAGGUUAUUCAUUCACUUUGAAAAGAAGUCAACAAGAGACAACACAGCUUCUUUUUAAGAGAUUAUGAUGGAUUUGCCAAAGGAAUACGAAGAACGUCUUGCCCAUAAUGAGCUCGAUGAAUGCUACCAGUAUUGGAAGCGUGAAAGAGAAAGAGAGUAUGAAAGAUAAGGUGAAAAAAAUACUGAAAAAUAAAAAGAACUUUAUCCAUUUAUGAGAAGAUAUUGGCGUGCAUCAGCAGAAGAAUAAAAUGCCCAUGCAGCUUUUCGUCCUCGUGAAUAGAAUCGUAUGAGAACUAGAAAAUCAGCUCGUCCUGAGAACAAAGAGACGUAUGAGAAGAUGCUUUCAUUAGAAGGAGAUUUCAAAAAGUACAGAGUUUUAGCAUUAAACCUUAAGAAGAGAGAAUUACUAAAAAGAGAACUUGCUUACAUAUAAAUAACAGAAUUUAAUAAAUCCAUUCCUGGUCUCACUAAUGAAUUCCAAAUUGUAAAUAAAUUUGUCUCGCGUGAAUAAGAAAUCAAGCAAAUUACAAGUCUCAUAUAGCCUAAACUUCCCAAGCAAGUAAAGCCUUCAAGACCAAAAGCUCCAAAAGCAGAGUAGCCAAGUAAGGAAGUUCCCACAUCAAGUCAACUAAAAGAGUAAAAAGCUGAUGAAAUUAUGAAUGCAGACGAAAGUAAUAAUGUUCAGCCAGUGACAGAAGUACCUAAAAAGCCAACAAAAAUCAUUUUACCAAAAAUUUCAGACAAGAGUAAAUUUAGCGAUGAAACUAAAAAAGUGUAAGCUAAUGGUGAGUUAGCAGAAGGAGAAGAUGCAAGCAAUUUAGCAAAGAAUUUGGAUGACACUAGCUAACAACCCGUAGUAGAAUAAAAACCUAAAAAAAAGCCAAGCAAAAAGAAAGAUUUAUAAAAAUAAGCAGAAAUAAAUUAAGAAUAGUAAAAUAUAGAAGAAAAAUAAGAAUAAGUCUCACAACAGCAGCCUGCAGCUGUGCCAUAAGAAAAACCUAAAAAAACUAAAAAAAAACCUAAAGAGUAAAAAAAUUAAGAAGAGAAUGCAUUAAAUUAAACAGUUUUAUCUGCUCCAGAAGAAGGAUAGCCUCUAACUUCAUCUAUCAAUCCCAAUUUAGAGACAGGAAAUUAAGAUGAGAGUGAAAAGGUAGUUUAAACAACAAAAAAGAAAACUAAAAAAGAAAGAGCUGAAUCUAAAUUGGUAGAUCCUAAAGAUAUAGCUAAGAAAAAGCCUUCAAAAAAAACUAAGAAAGAUUAAAAAGCUGAAGAGGAUUCAAAAGUAGCAGAUGAGAAUCCUUUGGCUCAGAUUGCUCUAUCACCUUGUUUGGAUAAAGAAUCUUAAUCAAUUAUUCAUGAGGUUGACUAGUCUACAGUUAACGAAAAAGCAAGGGAAGAGAGCUCAAAUCCUGGCAUAUAAAAGAAACAGGCACAAAGAAGAAAAAAGAAAUAAGAAUAACCUGCAAUAGAUCCAGAGAUAACUGCCAACUCAGAAAUGAUUGAGGAAACCAAUAAAACUCUUAGUAUUAAUGCCUAGCCAACUAUAAGUUAAUAAGAAAUAAGUCAUAAGAAUAUACCAUUAAUAAAAUUAGAUAGAGAUAUAGAAUCUGCUUAGUUUUUAUCUAGCUUUGUGAUUUACUUUCAUUAGUUUAAACUUCCUAUCAACUUCGAAAAUUUAGAUAGUAGCGAAAAAAUAGCAAGUAAAAAUCAAGAAAUGCAAGAAGAAAAGAAAUAAAAACUAAAAAAUACAAACACUUUACCAUAUUUAAUUCGUAAGCGUUUAGGACGUUCUAAUGUAAGCUACAUAGAUCGUAGUUUCGAUUCCUUUAAUGAAAUAAUAGGUAUAUAAAGUGGAAAAAUUUCUUAUCUCCUCACACCGCAUCGCAACGAAGUCAUUUAUAAUACAUACAAUUAUGUUAAUCCUGAUGCAGUUAAAUACAUUUCUUCUUCAUCUAGUCACAACAAUGCCUAUCCUUUAUCACAAAAUCCCUUAACUUCUUCAAAUAAUUCUAAUUUAAUUGCAAACGGUCAGAUAUCUUCUAUUGCUGGUAAUGAUGAAGAAUAAUAUAAUAAGAGAGAAUCUAAAAGUACCUCAGAUAAAAAACUUAAAAUAUUACCUUCAAACGAAAAGCUAAUUAGCGAAGUUAAAGAAAAGCAGCGUUAAUUAUUUAGAAACUCUCUUUUUUAAUAAAAGUAAGAAAAAAUAAAAGCAGUAAUACAAUAACCAUAUAUCUAAGAAAUGGAACGCCGUCGCAAACGUACAUAUUUUUAAGCUUUUUAUUAAAGUUCUAGAGCUUAGUAGCUUUGGGUGGAUGAUGAUGACAGUGGAGACCAUGAUGAAAUAUUCUAAAAGUAAGUACAAAGUCUAAAGUAAACUAUCGAAGAGAGAUAAAAAGAAAAAGAGAAAAAGUUGAAGUAGCAACAAAGAGCAUUGGCAGAACAGUUAAGAAAAUAAAAGGAAGCAGAACAAAAAGAGGAAGCUGCUCGUUUGUUGCAAUAGCAAAAGGAGGAAGCAUAAAAACAAUUAGAACUUUAGCAAUAACAGUAAUUAUAGUAGUAAUAGCAACAAUAAUUUUAGCUAUCGCCACCAGAUAUAUAAAAAUAAUAGUUCAUUCAGUAAUAACCUCUUUAAAACUAAUUUCCAAAUUAGCAAUAAAACAUUUAAAUACCAUUUAACAGUAAUAGCAACAAUAUGAUAAACACUAACAACAACAUUAAUUUCAAUAGUAACACAAACUUGAGCAAUUAAUAUUACUAAGAACCUAUGAUGUAUGAUUAAAAUUCAAGCUACAAUCAACCCUCACUGUAAAUGAACUAGCAGAGUAUAAAUUAUAAUUUUAAUUAUGAGAGAAACUCAUUUGACUAACCUCCUGGCUUAAUGUAUGGUCAAAGCAGCUAAAUGAUGGGAUAAUAAGGAAUAGAUAUGAUGAAUAAUGAUGAUAACAUAUUUUCACCAAUGUAAAUGGCACAGCGUCCUCACUAAAGCAGUUUCUAAGGAGGAGAUAUUCCUUAAUUAUCAAAUAUGCAAGGAAUACCCUCCGCAUAGCCUAUUUUGAAUUAACAGCAAUCUAAUAAUUAUUAAGAUAUACCUUAUUAUUAAGAUUUUGUGGAUAAUAAUCCUUUCGAUAAUGAAUUCAUUCCAGCUAACUAAGAGAAUAAUGAAUUUUAUAACUAUCAAAAUGAUUAUAUGGCAAAUGAUAACGACAUAGAAAAUAAUUAUAUCGCUGAAGAUUUAAAUCCAAACUUCAUGGAAGAUGAUAUCUGA